AUGCAAAUCUACGUAACCGAUACGCUAGCAGACAGGACCAUCACUCUUCAGGUUAACAGCUUAUAUACUAUUGGCAAGGUGAAGGCCGAUAUUGAAAUUUAUGAGGACUUUCCCAAGGGUCAGCAGUGCCUCAUCUUUACCAACAAACAACUGGAGGAUGACCGCACCUUGGAAGACCUCAGCAUUUGCAACGAGUCGACUCUUCUCCUCGUUCUCUACCCGAGCUUGGGAGGUACGAUGCCCAUCUUUGUGAAGACACUAGAUGGAAAGACCAUCGCACUCAAAGUUGAGAGAUCGGAUACCAUCAACAAAGUGAAGAUGAUGAUCUAUGAGGUGGACCGUACUCACCCAAGACAAGUACGCCUCAUCUUUGCUGGCAAGCAGCUGGAGAAUGGCCGCACCCUGGCAGACUAUAACAUUCAGAAGGAAUGUACCCUCCAUUUACUGCUGAACUGGCGUAAAGGAAUGCAUCUCUUUGUGAAGAGCCCCACCGGCAGGACAAUCUGCCUCAAGGUCAAACGAUCAGAUACCCUCCAUACUGUGAAGGCAAAGAUUCAGGAACAGCUGCACUGCCUUUUCUUUGACGGAGUGCAGCUAGAGGAGGACAACCUUACAUUGGCUGAUUAUGGCAUCAAGCAUGAGUCCACACUCGACCUCCAAGAAAGAAUGCAAAUCUAUGUAAUGGAGACGCUGGCAGGUAGGACCAUCACGCUUGAGGUUGACAGCUUGGAUACCAUUGACACUGUCGAGUCCAAGAUUCAAUAUAUUCAGGGAUUUCCCAAGGAUCGCCAGUGCCUCAUCUUUGCCAAUAAACAGCUGGUGGACGAGAGCACCUUGGCAGACCUCAACAUUUGCAAGGACUCCACUCUUCUCCUUGUCCUCCUCCCGGCGGUCCACCACCCGGCCAUCCACUACCCGGACGGUCCAGGAGAUAAAAUGCGCAUCUUCGUGAGGGAGCUAAAAGGAAAGACCAUCACGCUUCAGGUUGAGAGGACAGAAAUCAUCGACAAUGUCAAGAUGAAGAUCUAUCAGGUGGACGGCUGUCGUCCGGCACAGCAACGCCUCCUAUUUGCCGGUCGGCAGCUGGAGAACGACCGCACCCUGGCGGACUAUACGAUUCGGAAGGACGAUACCCUCCAUUUGGUGCUCUGCCUUUGUGGUUGUUGA